CAUGCUGGGAGUUGUAGUUUUUGCAACAGGUGGAGGCACUCUGAUCUAGAGGGAGGGAGAAUGGGUUAGAUGGCGGCAAUUUAUCGAAUGUCUCCAGGUGAACAUUCCAUCUACAGCUGCCACCACCGACUUCCAUUGUUGCUUGGACCAAGCGAACCUGCAUCGGCACCAUUAAAGGCAAUGCAAUCCGCAUGGAGUUCCCGUAAAAGAAUGAACAUGUUUAUACUUUUGGCGGGCUCGAGAUGCCUAAUUUAUGCCGUGAAAAUACACCAAUAUUAGAUUAAUGAGGGUUACUCCACUGCUAGACAUCUUUUGCCCUAUCCAAAGGAGAGGUUUGCUAUGAGGAUUUGCUCCUACUCUGGACAGUUCCUGACACGGACAGAGGUGGCAGCAGAGAACACUGUGGACAAGACUGGAAAGAACUACACAACUUCCUGUGGAGCAUACAGCAGCUAAGGUUACUCCACUGCUAGACAUCUUUAGCCCUAUCCAAAGAAGAGGUUUGCUGUGAGGAUUUGCUCCUACUCUGGACAGUUCCUGACACGGACAGAGGUGGCAGCAGAGAGCACUGUGGACAAGACCGGAAAGAACUACACAACUUCCUGUGGAGCAUACAGCGGCUGAUAAGUACUGGAAGGAUUAAGAUUCUUUUUAUAUAGAAAUCGCUAUCUAUACGUCAGAUGUGGAUAAGGAAGUCGGGACACAAAGACGUCUUGUCAGACAGACAGGUGCCCAUUACUUCACAGUGAUGCAGCACAGGAAUCUCCAGGACUGCUCCGUCCUCUGUCAUUACUAUUAGAGAGAGGACAGGAAUCUGAGGGAGGGACAUCAUCACUUCCUGAUAGACGGGCGCCUCCUCCAGUACCUGUCCUGUGUGUACGUGAGGCCAGAUCCUUACUCUUCUCCCCUCCUGACACCUGCCUGCACCAUCUCAGGAUGCACUACAAGGACCUGGUGAAAUGCUGGCACGAGGGCGUCCUGGCCGCAGAGAAGAAAGACUUGGACGCUGCCCUGAAGAGCUUCACCAGCAUCGAGGAUCCUCCUUCAAAGAUCUGGUUUAACAUUGGCUGCAUCCACCUGCAGAGAGAAGACCUCCUGAACGCCCAGCAGGCGUACAGUCAGUCUGUGACCAAGGACCCCUGCCUGGCUGUUGGUUUCUUCCAAAGGAGCUACGUGCACUUUAAGCUGCAGUGGUAUGAGAGGGCAUUGGGUGACUGCCACCUGGCGAUGGCCCAGCUCAGAAACAACAGCCUUAUAGACUACAAGCAGCUGGGUCUGCACCACCUGCUUCACGCCUGGGAGGUGCUGUAUAACACAGCGGUCAUCCUCUGUUAUCUGGGGAAAUGGGAGAGCGCCCAGCAGAAGAUUAAUGAGGCUGUGAAAUGGCUGCCAGGGGACAUCAAGAACGCCAAGCUAGAGGCUGCCCAGGCCCAGAUUCUGAACCGAUCUCUCCUUCAGCCGAUCCAGGUGCCGGACGGGGAGAUUUUCAGGCCCCGUAAGCAGGAAGUGGAGCUGCUGAAUUCCAAAGAUUUCCUGGGUAAACCGAAGGUCAUCUCCUCCGUGGUUCCCAAUGACCAGUAUAGCGGCUUUGAGCCCCUCCGCCCUCAGAAACCAGGAUUUUACCAGCCGUGCCCGGAUUUCAUGCAAGGCCAAGAUUCUGGAUACCACCGCGUCAUGGUCCAUUAUUAUCCCGAAAACUCUGGGGAGGUGGCGGUAAAGGCCAACAGCAUCUUGUUCGUCCUGAAUAAACAUGGAGACUGGGCCACGGCCAUUCAUGACGGGCAGAAAAUUCUUAUCCCGACUAAUUUUCUGGAAUCGGUGGAUGCACCUAAAGUAGAUAUGAAGCGAAUUAAUAAUGGCAUCCCUCUGCCCCCCAUGAAGAUGCCGCCCACUAGACCCAAUGCAAAGGCCACAGGUAAUCCACUAUCGUCCCAGCAUGUCCCACCACGGCCCAUGGCUGACCUACCCGUGCCCAGUGAGAAGUCCAAGGUAGAAGAUCCGGCUGCCCCUCCGAAAGACGACCCAGCGGUGACCACAUCCGUCCAUGAUGGAGAUGAGGAGGAGACGGCGGCGAGUGCUCCUCCUGAACAAGAACAGUCAGAGCAUGAGCCCAUCCAUCGGGGACCAAUGGAGAUGACCGCACCUACGGUGGUCUGGAAAGAGGCGGAACCUAGACCUCUGCAGAGGGUAGAAAUGGUGAUGAACCUACAGAGUUGUGCACCAGGGAGCCGGGACAUUGAAAAGGGAGCGGCAGGGACUGACAAAGGGACUGUACAUGAACUGGAGUCUCCACCAUCAGAAGAAGAGGUUAUCACAAUAAAGGUGCACAUGGAGUUCACUGUAGAUUUAUCAUUCAGCAAGAACGUCACCUACCAGGAGUUACAGCGCCUCCUAAGGAACAAACUGAAACAGCAAGGGGAACAGAUGGACGUUCAACUUAGUUACAGGGAUAUGGAAGGUAAAGAGUUGACUUCGGUGAAGGAUGACGGAGACCUACAGGGGAUGUGGAAACAAGCAAAAAACAAAAGACUGAUGCUGUGCUGUAAGGACGCCCUUCACUGUGUGGGGAGGCCCAUCCUCUAUCACAUGAAAGCCGUCUAUACAUACACAGCAGAAGGGCCAGAAGAUCUGCCAUUUAAACAAGGGGACAUCAUUGACAUCUUCUCAGAAGUAAAUGAAGAGUGGUUGGAGGGUCACUGCAAUGGAAGUAUCGGAAUAUUCCCAAAGUGUUUUGCCACCAAAGUCAAUGAGCAAGACGAAUCGUAAGAGCAGAGGAGCGCGGGGGGACACAAAGUCAUCACUCUAAAGUAGUGUUUCUCAACCGGGGUGCCUCCAGCUGUUGCAAAACUACAAUUUCCAGCAUGCCCGGACAGCCAACGGCUGUCCGGGCAUGCUGGGAGUUGUAGUUUUGCAACAGCCGAAAGCACCUUGGUUGGAAACUGUGCAAUACGUAAUUCUCUGGAUUCUGCAUUUCCUCUUAAUAUUACAAAUUAUUCCUUAUACAUUGUAUAUACCGUACUUUAUGUUAUUUAUGACAGUGAAGAUGAAUGUAAAAUAAAUGUAACUCAUGCAGGAUUAUUUAGUGAAUUUCUGAUAUUGUCUUUUUGUUUUAAUAUGUAAAAUACAUUAAAAUAUUUGUCUUCUAUAAAAUAUUGUGUAUGAGAUAUUACUUAUACUGUGAAUGUACAGCAUCUGCAUUUUCUUGAUUAACCACUAGGUGGCAAUAUUUACCACCAUUCUAUAUCUCCACUGUUAAACUAAUCUAGAAAUCUCGCAUAUUUUAGUGAUGGCCACUUUUAGUCAUUUUGGUUUUCUGUAAACCUUUUCAUCUACUUUUCUUUUUGUUUUACUUUUCUUUGGCUACCAAACAAAGUAUAUUCUGUAAUUUGAGAUUAAUUUUUAUUAACUAAUAUUUAUGUAUUUACAUUAGGCAGCAGAAGAAACAA